AUGGAGAAGCCGGGGACGCUGUUCCCGCGGUCGUUCGGCUCUUUCCUCUUCCCCCUCCUAGCCACCAUGCACGCCGGCGAGGGCGCCGGGGAAGACGGCGACCUCGCCUCCGCUCCUCCCUCUCCUGCGAACGGGAGCAAGCCGCCACUCCCAGAACACCAUGACGGCGGCGGCGGCGGUGGCGGUUGCAAAGGUGGAGCGAUAAGGUCUCCCGACGAGCGACUGGCGCUGGUGGCGCGGUCGUACGGGAGGGCCAUGUGCGAGCUUGCGGGGACACCGGACCCGGAGGGGCACGCCCUGCUGCAGGCAGCCCUGGCGGAGGUGGGGGGAGGGGGGAGGGAGGGCGGCGGCGGCGGGGAGCCGUGCGCAGGUGGUGGGGACGGGGGGCUCCGCGAGGGUGGGGGCGGGGACCCCGCGAACGGCGGCGGUAGAGAGCCGAAGCGGGGUAGCAGCGACGGGAGAGGGCAAGCGGCCGGCGGGGGUAGCGGGGGAGGGGCUGACCUCACGGAGUUGAUGGAGAGAACGAGGUCUCUCAUCGCCCGCGUGGAAGCUCUCGGCAUCGGCAACCCCCGUCCCUCCUCCGGCGGCACGGCACGACCGUCGCCGCCCUCCGCCGUACCCUCGACGGAAGAACGUCCGGCCGGGGAAGCGGCGGCCGCUGUGCCAGGCCUCCGGGAAGGAGAAGGGGAGGCUUCUUCUGCUUCCAGCAGUAGCUGCGGCGGCGGCGACGGUGGGUCUUUGAUCAUCCUGGUGCAGGUGGUGUGCUCGUGUCUCCGGCACCUUCGUUACCCGCGGAGCCGGCUUCUGGGACUAAACCUUCUCGUUGCCUUCGGGCGGUGUUGCGACGACGAGGCCAGGCUGCAGCGGCUAGUGCCGUACACGAUGACCAUGCUGGACGAUACCGCCCCGGUGGUGAGGGCAACGGCCGUGCGGUCCCUGCGGGCGUUGCUAGGCAUGGUGACCUCCUUCCCCCCCAGCGACUCCAACAUCUUCCUGCUCUACAUCUUCCCCGCGCUCCAGGUGCUGACUGCACCGCUGAGGGAAGUUUUCUUUGGUUGGUUGGUUGAGCGCGUGCCGUCGGACUCGUCGGACCUGGUCCGCAUCGCCUUCGCCGAGAGCCUGGCAUCUCUGGCCGAGACAAGCAGGAGGUUCUUGGAGACGGCGUACGCCAUGCGUCGGGCCGCCGCGGCCUCCGCCACCGCGGUGUCGGCGUCUGCAGCGGCAGCGGCGGCUGCGACGGCCGCGGCGGCGUCUGCAGCGGCGGCGGCGACCGGGGCGGCUGAGUCGGGGACAGCCCGAACUUCUGAAGGCCGUCGCAAGAACGACCCACCAGAUUCACAAGAACCCACGCCGAGCGGACCGGUCGGCAAUGACGCGCCGGAGCCCCCGGGGGGAGGGGAUGCCACCAACAAAGACGGAGCCCCCGGUGCCGACGGCAAGCGAGAACCAGAGAUCUCGGAGAACGACGGGGCGGAGGAGGGGACGAGCGGGGGCGGCGGGGCGGGGACCGGGAGCAGUUCGGGGACCGUUCUGCUGGACGGAAGCUACGACAAAGAACUCUCGUCGAUCCGCGGGCAGAUCAGCCGGUGGUUCGUCGUGCUUGCGUCGUCUAGCGGGGCCGGUGGCCUCGCGGCCGACUGGAGCGGAGUUGGAGUCGGCGGCGGCGCUGGCGGGGACGGGGGCGGGAGCGGGGCGGGCGCCGCGGCGGUGAUGGUGAAGCGGGCGCUGCUCGCGGACAUCACCCGGCUGUGCGUGUUCUUCGGCUUCGAGAACACCUUGGAUUCCAUCCUGCCCCAGCUGAUCACGUUCCUCAACGACAGGGACUGGUCGCUACGCGCGGCUUUCUGCGAGCACAUCCCCGCCGUCUGCGCCAUGGCCGGAGAGGUGGCCACGACCCGCUUCAUCCUCCCGUGCAUCGAGAACACCCUCGUCGACGCCCGCGAGGCCGUCAUCGCCAGCGGUCUCAGGUGCCUCGCGGCCCUCGCCGGCCUGGGCCUGCUGCCGAGGCAUGCCCUCCCGUCGCAGGCUACGCCCGCGGCGCCCCUGCUGCAGCACCCGGGGCUCGCGGUCAGGGCCGGGGCGGUGGAGCUGAUCGUUCGGGUGGCGGAGGCGUUGGGCGCGCUGGACACCCAGGUGUUCUUGUAUCCGGUGCUGAGACCGCACUUGAGGUAUUCCUUGCCGGGGGGCUCGUUGGACGAGGCCACCCUGCUCGAUGCCCUCAGACCCCCCGUGCCCCGCCCCGUGUUCGAUUCCGCGGUGGGCGAAGUGAUCGAAACUAGGAGAGUAAGGGCUACGGGUGGCGGCGGCGGCGGCGGCGGCGCAGGAGCAGAGGACGGCGGGCAGAUUCUCCAGCAGUUCCCGGCGAGUGACAACAACGCCGCCGCCGCCGGCGACUACCGGCGACAGGCUGCCGACAGCCGGGGCGGGGGCAACGGCGGCCCUGAUCACAGCCGAACAAGCCAGCAGCAGCAGCAGCAGCAGCAGCAGCAGCAGAGACGAAACUUGUCGGGAGCGGAGAACGGGGGCGAGGGGGGGGUCGUCGCGACAGCGGACGAGAAAGAGGCGUUGUCUCUCCUGAAGGGGUACAUCGACACCGCUGCUCAGCACGCCGCCAACAAGGGCCGUGGCAGCGGCGGCGGCGGCGGCGGAGACGGCAGCGUUGCGGGGGAGCGAUCGUCUCCCGUCUACCUCCCGGAGUCCCUGUCCCAGGCCAUCUACGUGCCGACGCAGAAGAUAACCACUCUGCACCCCGGGGUGGGCGCGGUGGCCGUCGCGGUGGCGACAGCGCUGGCAAGCGGGCAAGCAAGCUCGGGGGACGACCGUCGCGAGGGGGGGGGAGGGGGGGAUGAGGGCGGGGAGGACGACAUCGACUUGCGGCUGUCCUCUUCCGCGCUGUCGGCGACCCCUGCGCUUCUCCAGAGCGUCACCGGAAUGCACACGAACGCGGUUGACGCGCGAAGGGCCAUGGCCCUCGUGGAGCAUGCAGAUGUGGAUGGAGCAGCAGGAAGUAGUGGACGACACGACAACGGCAGCAGUUACGCGGCUAGCGCAACGUUGGCGUCCGCUGCCGCUGCCGCUGCCGCCAUUGCCAUUGCGUCGAGCCGACAAGGCGGUGGAGGGAAACCGUCCGCUCCCGCGUGGGAGGUGUCUAGGGUAGGCGGGGUCGGUGGCAGGCCGGACGAUGCGGUUGCCCUCUUGAGGAGGGCGAAGGCGCUCGGAGUGCCCCCGCUACCACCAGACCUUGGGGCAGUCAGGGCUCCCAACGGCGCCAAAUACUCACACUACCUCCUCGAUUCCGGCGGCGGCGGCGGAGGAGGAGGAGGAGGAGGCGGAGGCGGUGGCGGGGGAUCCUCCAACUCGGCGUCAUCGGGGGCUGGGGGCGCGAACUCCAGAUCCGCCUACCCGGCGACGGCGGCGGCGGCAGCGGCGGCGGCGCAGCAGGAGCAGUACUCGUUGCAGUAUGAGCACGGCAGCAGGCGGCCGGACUGGCGUCCUCGGCAGGGCGUGCUGGUGGCCUCCCUGAGGGAGCACGGCGGGGCCGUGAACCGGCUCGCGCUGUCGCAGGACCAGGCGUUUUUCGUCUCCGCCUCGUCCGACAGCACUUGCAAGGUCUGGGAGCUCCGCGGAAUGGACCACACGGUCAGCCCGCAGUCGCGCGCGACGUACUCGAGGCAGAGCGGCCGUCUGCUUGACCUGUGCAUGGUGGACAACUCUCACUCCGUUGCUUCGGCCUCAUCUGACGGCACCGUGCAUGUCUGGAGGGUGGAGCUCGCAGCCUCCGCUUACAGCGCCCCGUACGGCUCCUUCACCAUGUCCAACCCCAUGACCUCCAGCAACAGCACCCUCAACGCCGCCGCCGGGGGGGGGACGGCAGGGGGCGGUGCCCCGCCCAGCAAGACUGCCUCCUCCCGACAACAACACCAUCCGGGGCUCGUUCCUGCCCAAGCCGUCAACAGCGUCAACAGCAGAAAGUACAGCGGGGCCGGCGGCGGCGGCGGCGGCGGUCCUGUCGACCCCACCCUGGCUGCAAUCUCUGCGACAGCCGGAAGCGGUGGCGGCGGCGGCGGCGGAGGGGUGGCGCGGGUGGGCCGUGGGGGUAGCGGGCUCCGGGUGUGCGGGUCGUCGAUGGUGCGCUGCGUGUCUCCCAGGGAAGGCGCCGUGGUGAGCGUCCACCACUUCAACACCGAGCUGGGGUCCCCCCUCGUGUACGGCACGAGGAAGGGCGGGGUGCGGUCGUGGGACUUGCGGGCGAGGGAGGUGAGGAUAGUACACACCGGUGUUUUGGGGUACGGUGGUGGAAUAUGCACAGGAAACUCGCUCUCUGUUUAG